AUGCUAUGGGACUUGCCAUCGUGGGCGGACGUGUCUUCGAUGUUGGAAUUGGUGGACUUAUCCUUGGAGGUAUUGGCAUCGGUCUUCAUUAGUCUCAAAGCUGACUCGACGACACGUGGGAAUUCAUGGUUGGCUCCACGAUUCGGAUUUGUCUGCGAUAACAUUGCCAAUUUCGAGGUCGGUCUCCCAAAUAUCGUGCAGCGGUUUAUACCACCAGGUCCGUCCGGAUCGAAAUCAAGAGCGCUAUCCUCAAAGAACUGGACAAUCUGCUGGCAUACUGCAAAGAAGGCCGAAGUGGACAGCUUGCGGCGUAUCGACGCCGGAGACGGCCUGCCAGGCCACGAGGUAAUUGAGUUCCCUAUUUCUCAAGGCUGGUCAGCAAUUGCCGCGAGGUGUAAGCGCCAGCGUGAGAUGUGGGCCUACAACAAAACCCAUGAGAGAGAUUUGGCGGGUUAG